UUGAAUAAUUCUCGAGUGAAAUUAACAAACAAGAAUGAGAAGUGCCAUAGCAUUAUGCUUUUUAGCUGUACUUUGCUGUACCACCGAUGCAACUAUUUUGGACAUUUUAUUCCGUCAAGUGCAGAACACGAAAAUAGAAGUGGAAAAUACCAUACAACAACUCAAACAUAUCCGUGAAAACACUCAGAAAGACGUAGAACUGACAGUCGAGAAAUGGUUGCAAUUAUCGGAAAAGUACAAUAAUUCCGCCAAAUCAAUACUCAAUAUGAUACGAAAAGAGGUGGAAGAUGCCAAGGCGAGAGGUAGGAAUGCUGAACAAUGCUAUAAUGUCGCUCUUAUUACUCUUAAGAUUAAUUACAACACAACAUAUAUCGAUGCCCAACAAUGCCGAAAAAACGCCAUGUGUUCUAUCAACAAUAAUCUUGGUUUCAACGAUCAGCUUAUCAAGACCGGACACGAGCUAAUAGAUGAAUUGGACAACAUCUUUUCGGACUGCUACAAAAAAUAUUCGCGACUUAUCGACAUUAUAAAAUUGCAUAGUUGUAUCAGAGAUCAGCAUAGAAUAAGUAAGAUUGGCGUAAACAAUUUAAAGAAGGAUACCAGUUCUGCUAGGUCUAUCGCUAAAAAUAUCAAUCAACAGACUACUAAUUGUCUGAAUAAAGCUUUCUCGAUCGCGCGCUUAAAAGUCGUUAGAUCAACUGCUACUAGAUGCCUCAAUAAUGUGUAGAAGGAACAUUUAUUUAAUUAUAUUGCAUUGAUACACAAUUUUUAUUGCCAUAAAGAAAUUAAUCAUGCAAGAAAAAUCGU